AUGGCCAGAGGUGCAGAUUCGCGACGCCGACAGCGGGCAGGGAACACGCACAGCGCAAGGGCAAGGGCCGGCAGCGCUGUCUUGCCUGUGACUGUGACUGUGACUGUUCACAUCCAUCGCUGUGCUGUAGCUCCAGUUCCAGCGCCGCGGGCCAAUGACGGCACAUGGACGCAACGUGGUGGCCCAGCACGCACUGCACUCCAUCUGAGCCCGACCAAGAAGCUUCAAUGUUCUGCUGCAAAUCCAUGGAAAGCAUCAAUGGCCAGCCACUCCACCGAUUGGCCGCCUCAGCGUGCCUGGCUGCUGCACCGUCGCGCUGGUCUGGCUGCGUACCUGAGGUGCGGUGGGGAGAUCUUCGGCCUCCAGUCUUUCCAGCCAGUCUGGGAGCAGCUCCGGGCCUCCAAGCUCGCUAAGCUGCCUCAGGUACACGAGCGUUUGCCACCCACUAGAGCAGCUGCCUGA